CAGAUACCAAAGAUGAUGACUAGAAAGAUUAAGCUUUGGGACAUUAAUGUCCAUAUAACCUGUCAUUUAUGUAACGGAUACCUGAUUGAUGCCACCACUGUAACAGAAUGCUUACAUACUUUCUGUAGAAGCUGCUUGGUGAAGUAUUUGGAGGAAAACAACACCUGUCCAACAUGUCGGAUUGUUAUACACCAGAGCCAUCCAUUACAGUAUAUCGGUCAUGAUAGAACAAUGCAAGAUAUUGUUUACAAACUUGUGCCAGGCCUCCAAGAAGCGGAAAUGAAAAAGCAGAGAGAAUUCUAUCACAAACUGGGUAUGGAAGUACCAGGGGACAUCAAAGGGGAGACAUGCUCUGCAAAGCAACAUCUAGAUUCACAUCGCGAUGGUGAAACUAAACCAGAUGAAAAUUCAAACAAAGAAACUUCUGAAGAAAAACAGGAAGAAGAUAAUGACUAUCAUCGAAGUGAUGAACAGGUAAGCAUCUGCUUGGAAUGCAAUAGCAGCAAAUUACGUGGAUUGAAACGAAAAUGGAUCCGCUGCUCAGCACAAGCAACAGUCUUGCAUCUAAAGAAGUUCAUUGCUAAAAAACUUAACCUUUCUUCUUUUAAUGAGCUGGAUAUAUUAUGCAAUGAAGAGAUUCUUGGCAAGGACCACACACUCAAGUUUGUAGUUGUUACUAGAUGGAGAUUUAAGAAAGCACCUCUACUGCUACAUUACAGACCCAAAAUGGACUUGCUGUAGGAGAACUUUAUUGUCCUUCUGGACAGUUUUUUUUGCAGAGACUAUCAUCUGGCACCUUAGUGCAGCACUUAACUCUCAUGUGACACAAACCAGCAGAAUCAUUUUGGAACAUUGUAGUGCUUCUAUAGCAGACUGUCCUUCUGAAUAUUUCUAGGGAUGUGCUGCAUGGAUUUUUGGACAAAAAGUAUAUAUAUAUAUUUAUUUUUGUACAAAUGAAAUAAAUCACAACUCAACAGGAUUCUACCAGCACUGAGUUUACAGGUAGUGAAAACACUUCACAGUUCCAUGGAGCUCAGCCUGAUUCAUCUAUUUGUAGUUACACAAAAAUAAGUUAAAAUGGUGUGGGAGAGAUUUAAAAUGUUGCUUUUAACACCAAAUUACUACAUUUACUUAUUUUUUUGUCUUUAAACUUUACAACUUGUUUCAGUAUGUUUUUCUGAGGUGUUCUUGUUUUAUGUAGUAUGCCCAAUUAUGUCAGCUUUAAUCAAGCCAUUCUAUAGAGCAUUGAACAUACCUAAUGAUACAGUGACUGGUAAUAUUUAUUAUGCUGCAUUAAAAACUUCCUAAAAGCCUGGAGAUCCAAUUACUUCAUUAGU